CUUUCUUGGUUUAAUUCGGUUCAAUCUUAGUAAACCAUAAUAAUUUUUAAACUUUUCAAAUCAGUUUUAGCUGGUUUACUACUCUUUUCAACUCCUAAAACCCGAAACUCUUCUUCUUCUUUCUCACUUUGUCGAUUUUCAAUCUCCACCACCCUUAGAACACUAAAAACCUUGUAUCUCUCUCAUUACUCAAUCGUUUGUAAAGAUUUUUGGUGUGUUGGUUUCGCUUUUGAAAGCUCUUUCCAUUACUUAUAAUCUCAUCUGCUAGCUCUGCAUCAUUCCUCGUCGAAAACAAGUAUUUUUGAUAGGAACAAUGGGUAGAACCAACUUGAGACCUGGAGAAAAGAAAACAAAGGCAAAGGAGGUAGUGGAAAGAGAUGUUGACAAGAAGAAGAAGAAGGCAACUCAGUCUAAGUCUUCACUUGGUAAACAAAAAGCUACAACAAGGAAGAAGAAGAGUAAGGAGGUUGUGAUUGAGGAAUAUGGUUCAGAGGAAAGAGAUAUUAGUGAGAGUGAGCCUGAAUCUCCACCACCUCUAGCUGUCAAGGAAAAACAGCUUAAGCCAAGCAAGAAGAAGCCUACUUACUCCCAACUGCUGCAACGACUUAAGAAGAUCAAGUUUGCUCCAACUAGAUACCCAGAUCAUGAAUUUCUUCACAAUGCUGGACUCCUGGAAGAUAUGCAAACCAUCUUUACAACUUUGGGAUUAGGACAGUUCUUCAAUAUGGCUUUCCCCACAUAUGUUGAGCCAACUAGAGAGUUCCUUGCAUCCUUGUCAGUGACUUAUUAUGAAGAUGAGAUGGUGGAGGAGGCCAAUGAUCUUGGACAUUUUGAGUUUAAAGUUCAAGGGAAGCACUACAAGAUGACUUUUGGAGAGUUAUGAGCUAUUUAUGGUUUUCAACCAGGAACAAGGCUAUAAUACAGCAUUAACCCAAGGGAGUAUGAUUCUUUUGACAAUCUAUUGGUGUGGGCAAUUAUGCAGCUGGUCAAAUGAAGAACUCAAGCAUCCAUCAUCCAACAGUGAGAUAUGCUCACAAGGUCCUCUCUCACACUCUUUUUGCAAGAAGAGAAGCUGGAGGAUUUCAAGCCAAUGAACUUGGUUGUCUUUUAGUAGGGUUGCAACCUUUCAUAAGAACCUACCAGGAAAGGAAUCCUCCAUUGUUUAAUGCUGAAGAUACAUGUGUUGCUGCUGUCUUCAUUCGCCAAAUGCUUCACUACCAAGGUUGGGUUUGGACAACAACAGAUAAGACUCCUGUUCUAAGUAUGGGUGGACUUGUCACUCCCAUUUUACAAGCAAAAGGAAUUGAGCUUGGUGAGUUUGGCCAAACUGAGAAGGGUUUAUAUGCAUACUAUGGUUACAUUUUCAAUAGCAUGCAGAAGAAGAGGCUACUACUCUCUCAAAC